AUGCCCUCCCCAAGCAAGCGCAUCAUCCUCGAAAAGUCCCGCACCGUGCGCCGCCGCUACCAGCGCAGCAACAAGCGCUUCCAGUUCACCGCAUCGCAGAUCGCGCGCAUCGAGCGUGAACAAGAGCGCGAGAAACGCGCCCAGCAGCUCCGCGACAAGGAGAAGAAACGAGUCGCGAAUAAGAAGAAGAAAGCGGAGAAAGAAGCGCGCGAUAGAGAGGAACGCAGGAGAUUGGGGCGCAUGGGAUUGCCGGAUCCGAAUGCGCCCGCGCCGCCAUCGAGUCAGCCUUUAUUGUUCAAUUUUAUUAAGAAGAGGGAUGGGGAGGAGGGGGGAAGUAAUAGUGGAGGUGGGGAUACAGAAGUAGAUGAGGGAGGGGAUACGGAGGUGGAUGAGGAUCUUUUGGAGGAUUUGGAGGCGGUUGUUGAUGCUGCUGAGGCGGAUUUGGAUUUGGAUACUGGGGAUGAGGGGGAGGAGGGUGAGGGCGAGGAUCAUAGGGAUGAGGCUACGAGUUGCGAUCAGGGUGAGAAUGAGGGUGAACAGCAGGCUCAGGCUAAAGAGGAGGAUGAGUUCUCUGAUUGUUGUUCUAUCUUUUAUGAUGAGGAUAUCAUCAAAGAGACGGGGAAUACUACUGCGCCAGAUCAAGGAGCACCGCAGGAUAAGCCGCAGCCGGAGAACCACGCUCAGCCGGAGAAGCAAGCUCAGCCGGAGGACCACUCAGCUGCCGACUCAUUCCAAGACGACACGGCACUCCUCCUCGAAGAAUUCGGUCACGAAUAUGAUAUAGACGAGGAAUUCGAACAAGCACUGGUUGCGCUGGAUGCCGUGUGA